AGAGAUCAUAGAAAUAAAGACACAAGACAAAGAGAAGAAAAGACAGCUGGGCCUGGGGACCACUACUACCAAGACGCGGAGACCGGUAGUGGCCCCGAAUGCCAGGCUGCGCUGUUAUUUAUUGGAUACAAGACAAGGGGGCAGGGUAAGGAGUGUGAGCCAUCUCCAGUGAUAGAGACAGCGUCUUGCUCUUUUGCCCAGGCUGGAGUGCAGUGGCACAAUCAGGACUCACUGCACCCUUGAACUCCCAGGCUCAAGUAAUUCUCCGACCUCAGCCUCCCAAAGCACUGAGAUUACAGGCAUGAGUCACCACGCCCGGCCAUAACUUGUAUUUUACAAAUAAAACUAGGAAGAAGACAAUUGGAAAUUGUCUGUCAUUUACCAGUUUAUUGGCAAAUUUUAUGAAUAGACCAUCUUAUAAUCUCUAGAGGUAUAUCCUUUUUAUAGUACAAUGUUUUUAAGUGCUGAGAACAUGUUUAUUAACAGACCAGAAUACCUGUAGCCAGUCUGUACCAUAUAAAAAUAAGAAGCCAAAAAGUACAAAAGUUAUGCUUAAUAAUGAAUGUUUCAGCACUUUCUUCUCUUCAGGUAUUAUUUAGAUAUUCAAUGAAUGUCUAUUAUUUAACUUUACUUAGUAUGACUCUGAGGUUGAAAGUUACUGAAAACAUCUUGGAAGCUUUUUUAGGCCAAUAUACUAUCAAAUGCAAUUAACAAAACACAACUCACUAGUUUAUAUAAGAGCUAGUUCUCACUUUUUUUUUUUACUCUAUUUUAUAUAUUUUUUCUUUUCGUUUCUUUUUUUUGUUUUUUGAUUUUUGUUUUUUGUUUUUUUUGUAGAGACAACAUGUUGCUGUGUUGCCCAGGCUGGUCUUGAACUCCUAGCCUCAAGUGAUCCACUUACCUUGGCUUCCCAAAGUGCUGAGAUUACAGAAAUAACAUCUGCUUUGCUGCCGAGCUCAGAGGAGAUCCCAGACUCUUCCCACAGCCAGAGGGCUGGAGCCUGCUCAGAGGUGCUUUGAAGAUGCUGGAGGCCCCGCCUCUGCUGCUGGCAGCUGUGUUGCUGGGCCUGGUGCUGCUGGUGGUGCUGCUGCUGCUCCUGAGGCACUGGGGCUGGGGCCUGUGCCUUAUUGGCUGGAACGAGUUCGUCAUGCAGCCCAUCUACAACCUGCUCAUGGGUGACACCAAGGAGCAGCGCAUCCUGCACCACGUGCUGCAGCAUGCGGAGCCCGGGAAUGCAGAGAGUGUGCUGGAGGCCAUCGACACCUACUGCGAGCAGAAGGAGUGGGCCAUGAACGUGGGCAAGAAGAAAGGCAAGAUCGUGGACGCCGUGAUUCAGGAGCACCAGCCCUCCGUGCUGCUGGAGCUGGGGGCCUACUGUGGCUACUCAGCUGUGCGCAUGGCCCGCCUGCUGUCACCAGGGGCGAGGCUGCUCACCAUCGAGAUCAACCCUGACUUCGCCGCCGUCACCCAGCGGAUGGUGGAUUUCGCUGGCGUGCAGGACAAGGUCACCCUUGUGCUUGGGGCGUCCCAGGACAUCAUUCCCCAGCUGAAGAAGAAGUAUGACGUGGACACGCUGGACAUGGUCUUCCUCGACCACUGGAAGGACCGGUACCUGCCGGACACGCUUCUCCUGGAGGAAUGUGGCCUGCUGCGGAAGGGGACAGUGCUACUGGCUGACAACGUGAUCUGCCCAGGUGCGCCAGACUUCCUAGCACACGUGCGCGGGAGCAGCCGCUUUGAGUGCACACACUACCAAUCGUUCCUGGAAUACAGGCAGGUGGUGGACGGCCUGGAGAAGGCCAUCUACAAGGGCCCAGGCAGCGAAGCAGGGCCCUGACUGCGCCCCCGGCCCCCCUCUCGGGCUCUCUCACCCAGCCUGGUACUGAAGGUGCCACAGACGUGCUCCUGCUGACCUUUUGCGGCUCCAGGCUGUGUCCUAAAUGCAAAGCACACCUCGGCCGAGGCCUGUGCCCUGACAUGCUAACCUCUCUGAACUGCAACACUGGAUUGGUCUCCUUUUUUAAGACUCAAUCAUGACUUCUUUACUAACACUGGCUAACUAUAUUAUCUUAUAUACUAAUAUCAUGUUUUAAAAAUAUAAAAUAGAAAUUAAGAAUCUAAA